GGCUGCAACUGUUGCACACAACAUAUCCUUCCUUGCCUCGAGCGGUGCUGAUAUUUUGUACUAUCGAUAAAACCAAAAUGGGUACCAAUGAAAAAGCCACUACAUCCACUUCUCAGUCUUCCUCUUCAUCAACACCUUCGCGAACCGUUACUGUUCUUCGAAAUAUCAUACAAAGCCCGUGGACCCUACCUUAUAUCGGAAUGGUUACUCCACUUGUGCGAAGUCUAUGGAAUUACAUGGGAUGGAGUAAUGGAGGAGAGGUGGCCCUCUCGCUGAGUCACGGACUCCUAAUUUUGUAUUUUAUUAUAUCACAGUACGUACGCAGGUACGCGGUUGAGGCAGUUCUCCCCUAUUAUUUGUCAAUUGUCAUCGCUACCUGCCCAAAAUAGAUUGAAAGGCCUCAAGCUACCCAUAUUUCACCCAGAUGGUCCUGCGUCGGUGCUUUCUUAGGGAAAAUGCCAGACCGACACCUGGCGGGGAAUUCCGAAACUGCUGUUCUACCAAAUAUUACGAUGCCCCACAUGGCGUAGGGUUGGUGGGUGUAUGUGCCAUGGUCAUACACAAAGUUAGCAUGUGCCAAUGUUCUCAUAUUUUAG